UUAGCUUGUUCGAAAUCUAUUUACAUUCCCUCUUCUUUCCUUCUCCUUUAUUUUCUUCUUCCCCCAAAUUAUCUGUGCCCUAACAUCAUUCAGGCAAAUCAGCUGUGACCGAAGCUACACCAGCGAAAUUGCAACCCAUCUACACCCAAGCUUUCUCCACUACAAGGUGCAACCCAUUUACACCCAAGUUGCAACCCAUCUACACCAACGACCACCACCACCGAAAUUGCAACCAAUGAGCACCCAAGCCCCAUCUCAUCGCCACCAAAACCCACCACCACCUAAAACCCAUCUAUACCUCCUUCAGGCGAACCAUUAGCGAUCACCACCACCCAACGGCCAAAUCUGCUCCACCUUUGCUGCUGCUCUUCCACCAUUGACAGUAGGUUCUUCUGAAUUCAAAACUUAUUCCACAACGGAAACUAAUUGAAAUGAUGGAAAAACAAGUUACCAUUUUGCUAUAUUGGGGCGGACGAAUGGAAUAUGGAUCGGAGGGUUUAUCAUACAGUUGUCCUCCCAAAGGUGAAAUUGUUAUCAAUAGUGGUGCACAACUGCUGAAGUUGUUGAGUAAAAUUUACACUGUAAUAGGGUUGGACAGGGCACAUAACAAGUUGAAGUUGACUUGUAGAUAUCAUUUUACACUUGGAAUAGGACCAAUCAUGAAUACAUAUGUUGGUCUGAAAAUAGACAACGAUGAACUAGUGACUUCAAUGGUUAAUGUGGUACUUGACAACCCUAACAUUGCUAGUGUUGUUUUGUAUGUGGAGAUGGAGGAAUGUCCAACUUCCAGGGUGACGGGUGAAUGUUCAACUCCCAUGGGAAUGCAGGUAAUGGAUGAGUCUGGAAUGUUGCAUUUUCUAAGCAACACACACCUACCCAUGUACUCAAACAUUACAAAGAUCAGCUUGAUCAGAUACGCAAUGAGCAGGUAUACAAACAAUCGCUGGUCUUAUUAUUGUUUGUUAACUGCCAAAUUUACUUGUGGAUUCUAUUGUUGGUUUGAUGUUUGAUGCACAGCAAAUGAUCGGUCAUUAUUCAUUGGUGAGUUAUUGGAUGUGUUGUAUGAUUGGUAGUUU